ACAAGGACUACAUUGUGUCUACGUCGCUGUACGAUGACCAACGUUGUGCCUACGUUGUAGUCUCGGUGAUUAUGUCCCGUUGAUAGUCUCUCAGCUGACAGACUGACAGUACUCAAGGGGACGCGCUGCGGAAGAGACACAAAUCUGACGAUAUACACACAAAGUGAACAUGGAGAAUUCAGAGAUCACGUUUUCCGAGCCAUCCCUUACAAGCGAUGUGGCGCUGGUAGUCGAGGGUAAAAAGCUACAUGUGAACAAAACUGUACUUUCACUUGCAUCUCCAGUCUUCGAAAGAAUGUUCUUUGGAGAAUUCAAAGAAAAAACGUUAUCAGAAGUGCCCCUACCCGGGAAGACAUACGCUGACAUGACAGAGCUGCUUCGAUGCAUCUACCCCUCAAUCUUCAACCCGCUCACAGAUGACAAUAUCGACGUACUACUUCCACUGGCGGAGGAAUACGAUAUUACGUCGCUUAAAGUACGCUGUCGUACGUUUGUCACAACGUACCUGAAACUGAACGUGAAAACUUUACCCAGGUCUAAGUUGGUACAUUUCAUGAAUAUAGCAGACAAGUAUGGCUUUGAUGAUGUGCUGAGGGAAUGCCUUGAUCAGGCUGUCUACGUAGAAUACAGUGACAACAAUGGGCUCCAACACCUGGAGGAAUUCAAAGAUCUUAACGACAAGACUGCUCUCGAGUUCUUUAAGCGGCGGUUGGUGUUGGUGGAGGGCCUUGUCAGACCGAUGCUGGAAAGCUGCAUGACCGCUUCCGGGAAUCUCCAGGAAGACUUCCAAACUAUCAUCAACCGCAAAUGUAACGAGUUCAGUCACCGCCAUGCAAGGCACGAAUGUCGGGAAUGUAAGGAUGUGUGUUGCUCGCAAUGUCGGAAGUUAAGCACUGAAGCGAUGGAAGAUUUAACUCAUGCCAUCAAAAAGUUGCUGCCUGCAUUCAAAGAAUCUGAAUAGUAUCCAUUUCCAAGUGAUAGAUUUUGAUCCAUUGUUGUAUGGAUACAACAAAACAGACAUUCACGUCAGAGACGCGUCCAAAACGAUAAUAUCAGCACUGUGAAUAUAGCGCGUUUCACCAGUAGUAUAAUAGCUAUAUCAAGGCAGCCUGUAAACAAUGGAAUGAAAUGGGUGAAAUCGUGAGCACAUUGACAUCGGAUCGUCGUUUCAGCCGUCUCUUACAACAAAACUGUGACAUAGGCUUUGUGAAAGAAGACUAGUACUUCAUGGACAAGUGACGUUUAGUCCUAGUAUAAAGUCAUGAAAUACACAGUGCCAUUUUAGAAAGUGGUCAAAUGUAACAUAUGUUAUAUUUGGGAUUACCGUUUCUUAG